UCGAGGCGGCGGCGGCGGCUAGAGAGGCCGGCGGGUCCCGGGCGCCGAGGCUGCAGGCCGCAGGGAACGCGCACUGGGCGGACUCCGCGCCGCCGGCUUUGUAGCCAUUUUAGGAGGAAUCGCUGAUCGCCAGCGAGGGGUGCGGCUUCAAUUUCAAUAACUUUAUUGGUGGCCUGAUCUGCAGAACAGCCAUCACAUCAGUGGCCCUUGGAGGAGGGAGCGCAUCGCCCGAGGUGGUCCCCGACGAGCUGCAGCCAUGGGAAACACCACCAGCGACCGGGUGUCCGGGGAGCGCCACGGCGCCAAGGCUGCACGCUCCGAGGGUGCAGGCGGCCAUGCCCCGGGGAAGGAGCACAAGAUCAUGGUGGGGAGUACGGACGACCCCAGUGUGUUCAGCCUCCCCGACUCCAAGCUCCCUGGGGACAAAGAGUUUGUAUCAUGGCAGCAGGAUUUGGAGGACUCCAUAAAGUCCACACAGCAGGCCCGGCCCACUGUUAUCCGCUGGUCUGAAGGAGGCAAGGAGGUCUUCAUCUCUGGGUCCUUCAACAAUUGGAGCACCAAGAUUCCACUGAUUAAGAGCCAUAAUGACUUUGUUGCCAUCCUGGACCUCCCUGAGGGAGAGCACCAAUACAAGUUCUUUGUGGAUGGACAGUGGGUUCAUGAUCCAUCAGAGCCUGUGGUUACCAGUCAGCUUGGCACAAUUAACAAUUUGAUCCAUGUCAAGAAAUCUGAUUUUGAGGUGUUCGAUGCUUUAAAGUUAGAUUCUAUGGAAAGUUCUGAGACAUCUUGUAGAGACCUUUCCAGUUCACCCCCAGGGCCUUAUGGUCAAGAAAUGUAUGUGUUUCGAUCUGAGGAAAGAUUCAAAUCCCCACCCAUCCUUCCUCCUCAUCUACUUCAAGUUAUUCUUAACAAAGACACUAAUAUUUCUUGUGACCCAGCCUUACUCCCUGAGCCCAACCAUGUUAUGCUGAACCAUCUCUAUGCAUUGUCCAUUAAGAUAAAGAAACUAAGGCUCAGAGAAGGUCAAAUUGCCAGUAAGUACCAGAGACAGGACUGCUGAGGUCCAGUCCUCCUAUGCUGACUUCAUAUUCUUUCCUAUAGUAUCAUUAUGCCAGGUCUUUCCAAGUAGGUUUUUCUCAGGUAUUCCUCAUUUCCACAAAACCUGUGGAAGUGUAAAAGUGAAAUUUUUACCUGCCUUGCUUCUGUCGUAUUUAGGCUUUGUGUCAACAUGACUCUGGAGUGUUAACCCGAGAAGCAUUCAUGGUGGAUAAUACAGUACGGGGGAAGGUAGAAGGAUACACUUGUUCUUAAUCGGAUUUGCUUGGGUUCUUUGGGAUCUGAUGGAUUUUGCCUCCUGUAACUGCUCCUUGGGUGUCAUUUAAUUUGCCUAGGCUUGCCAUCUCCUCCUGUGGUACAUCUGUAGUCCGCAACACAGCCUGGGAAAUGGUACCUCUUGCUCUCUCCUUACUGGUUCUGACCCAGGUGAAGGUGUUGAUUAUUGUGGCUUAGCUUGGUUCUGACCCAUUCCUGAUUCUCUCAGAUUGUUUAGGCGGUUUGGAAUUGAUCCAUUGGAUUGGGUGUCUUUCUGAAGAGGAUUUUGACGUCUACUUUGUUCAAGGAUAGAGAGGGAUUCCUAGGUUCCCUCUAAAUCAGAGAGAUCUUUUUGAAGUCAUCCCUGGUAUUAAAUGGAAAUUAGACCUGCUUUGGGACUUGGAAAUAGUUUUUCAGAAGGAUUGUUUUUUUUCCUCAUUGUCUUUAAGACUUUCUUCUAGAAAUGGAUGCCAGAAUAUUUUGUUCUUUUUUUUUUUUCCUUGCUAGUUUUAGACCCAACAUUAGAAUUUAAAGUAGGGAAGGGAGCAAGGUAGGAGACUAUUAUUUCUUCAGCACUUUUAUGUGUCAGAAACUGUGUCAGAUAUUCUCAUGUAAUCAUCAGAGCCACCUUAAUGGUAGGUGUUAUCUUUUGUAAUGAUGAGAUAAAAAGACUUGGACACACUAAGUAGAUUACCCAAGGCCACAAGUAGAAUGAUGAUAGGAGUCAGAAUUGGAACUAAAACUUAUCUGACCUCCUUCUCUUAUAUCAAGCUAUCUCUGUUAAAAGUGAGUGAUUGUGAAGGACUGAUGACUGGGAAGAGCUACCUACUGUCUGAACUAAUGAAGUAGCUGCAUAUGUUUCUUUUCCUUGCAGGACAGUGUGAUGGUCCUUAGCGCAACCCAUCGCUACAAGAAGAAGUAUGUUACUACUCUGCUAUACAAGCCCAUUUGAAGGGAUCCCUUCUUGCCUCUAAGGAUUCAGGAGAAGCAUCUCCCUUGCCUUUCUGGACUGAACCAGUCUUACCUGAGACUGGAAGGCUGAUUUGCUUUGAGGCUGAUAUGUGUGUUUCAGAGCCUCUGAGUAGGAUGCUCUGCUUUUGCAUUUGAUUGCAGAUGAGAGCUUUAUGAGUUCACGGAAUUUAUUUUAAGAAAAAAAUAUAUACAUAUGAGAAGAAGGUAAAUGGAAGCCUCCUAGCCCCAGCUAGAAGUAUUGUUUCUGCCUGUGGGUUUUCACCAAGACCUGUUUGGGGGCACUGCAGGAAUAACUAUAUAGGAAGAUUUUUUCCUAAAAUGAAAGAACAGCAAACUCUUAGGAUCCUUGUUGGGUGGAGAUUCUAUCACUGCUACCUUGGCUGUCCGAGGAAUGGGCUUGUGCUAGACCGCUGCCCUACUUACAGCUGCCUCAUUGCAAGGGCAGCUUUUCUUGCAUGGGUUCUCUAUAUUCCCAGAGUAUGUGGCACAAUCUGUGUUGUUUAUAUGAUACCAGAUGCCCCACAAGAACCCUUUUUCCUCUCAUUUCACAUUCUUCCUUUAAUAGCCUCCUUCAGAUCCCAUACCUGACCCCUCUCUAACACAAAACUCAUUGGGUAAGUGACUUUGAAAAGUUUUGUGGCACCUGACCUACCCCAGACACUACGGCUAUCAGAAGGUCUCCUUUUUAGCCCAGCACAGGCCCAGGCCACUUUGUCGUGUUUGUUUUAACUUCUAAAGAAAAUAUGUCUCAGCAUUAUAAGAAAGGCAGAAUGCAGAACAUCUACAUUUUUGUUUUAGUUUGGUGCCAAGGCUCAGGCUGUAUUGGCAAAUUCCCGAAAGUUUUCCCACUUUGCCUGGCCCUGCUUCUGUCUUUUCUUUGUCAGCAAACAGUUCUGAAGGCAGGAGUAGAACCUGGGAGUAUUUUCAUGUCUUUCAUCCUUGAAAGAUUUUUAUGUGCCUGCAUUUUUUUUUUUUAAUUAAAAAAUGCCUUUUCAUUGGUCUUAAGAGACUGCAUUGGAGAAUUUCAGGCUUUUGAUAAAUGCUUCUUCAAAAAGAUCUUCUUCUUUAGUCUAGCCUUCCACAUUCUUAGAUUAAUAUGGCCAACCCUGUACACAUCACUAUACUAAACACUGCUCUAGAUAAACUGCUCAAGUUCAUUUAACUCAUUUGAUGCACCUAAAGGGGUCCCUCAUUUUAAAGAUUUGUUAGGCCAAGAAGCAAGAAAGUAUUCCUAGUAUUCCCAACCAUGAAAAGUAUCGUUCUUUGCACCAAGUGUUAACAAAAUCAUUUUGUUCUCCUGCCUCUUCUUUUUAAAGGUGUUUGAUGAUUAAGUGGGGUCACUGAAUUCCAUUUGUGGACUGAAAAGUAUUCAAUCCACUUUUGGGGUUCAGAGAUAAAACAUUUUUUCCCAAGUAGCUGGGGCUCUUCCAUUUUACAGAUAAGUCAAAUAAUCAACACUAAAGGAGGCUAAACUAUUGAUGAAUGAGAGACUCCCUGACUGCUCAGAUGAGCCUAGCCACACUGAAAGGGCACCUACAGGUCAGUUUAGCUACCUCCUGUCUUUCCCAUGCAAAGCUGAUAACACAGUUGUCUUUGGACUUGUAGACCUCUUGGAUUCCAGGUGUGAUGGAGUAAAGUGUGGGAUUGUUGUUUUGCUGGGAUGCAAAUAACUAAAUGCUUUGGUGGUUAAUUGCUAAGAGUAAAUACUACUUUAGCUAUCCAAGGCCACCUUCUGCAGCAAAAGGCUUUUGUGGAGAACCUUUUAUGUUCCCAACCAGUUUUUGAAUGGUGUGCCAUUUAAAAAUCAAGGCCAGAUCCUAUUAUAACCAACUCUCAGGAUUUACAGUCUUCAGUUGUACUAGAAUUUUGUUUUUAUCCAACACCCAUUAAAUAAGUGGGCCACUUAGGAAGAUUCAAAAUCUUGGUUAUUACAUGAAGUUUGUUAUAUUCAUAUUUCUUGUCAACAGUAUUGAAAUGUAAUAUCUAUGUGUUCAUGUAUGAAAAUUUUUACUCCACACAGGUGUUUCAGUAGAGUGGGGCAGGAAAAGAGAUCUCUUCAGUUUCUCUCAGGCCUGAGGCUUUUGUGAAAUGUGUCAGCCCCCAGUGACAGUAGGUUUUGAUGCUAGUGAUCUUCAGAUCUUUCUCUCUGGAAAAGUGCAGAGAGUGUCAGUUUCCCAAAUUCUGAGGCAACUCUCAGCCCAGAUGUGAAAUGGGAGCCUACCAGCUGGUAUAGAAGGGAAUGGGUAGGAAGCACUGGGUGCUGACUCAUUCAGCACUGUCCCUUUUCUAUACUGCUGAUACAUCCCAUGGUUCUGAGAAGCCUUAUCUCAGUCUAUUUGGAAGAGAGGGAGGAAGGGAAGGAAGUAACCCAAAGUACUACUCAUUUAUCCUUGUAUAUUGAUUAGUUAAAGGGAUAAUUAAUUUUAUGCUGAGGAGAGUUUGACAGAUUUUGAAAAUGAGUAAAGGCAAAAAAAAUUUUUUAGCCUUUAUUUUGCCUUUGGGAAUUUUACAGAGUCAAAGUAGGCAGAAUAAGAAAAUAGCUCUUCAGGAGGGCUGACCCUUAAAGAACUUCAACAUAGUUUUGGAAUUGUGGGGAAGAGAAGAGUGACUGAGCUGAGAAAUAAUAAUAGGAGAAUAAAGGCUUGAGUAACUUAGAACUGAAAAUGUUCUCUUUUAAAAAGAAAUUAAAUCAGAUACCACAUGGUGGUGUCCUUGGAUCUCACUGUACAGAAUUAGCAGUGUAUAACCAUCUUCCCUUUGCACCUUGUUCCAAUUCUCUCCUCUUUCCUUUCCAUUCUGCUUUGAGCUCAUGUGUCAGGCAGACUUUACCAGAGUGUCAGACAUUACCUAAAACACAUACGUUAGCCAUGCUGCUGGUAUGGAGAAAUUCCACACCAUGAUUAUUAGCCUCCUUUAAGCUGAAUGGGAUUUAACCAUUCUAGGCAACACCCCUGAAGGGCAUACCUAACCUCAAUAGUGUUGCCUUUUUAAACGUAUGUUUGUAUGGUAGAGAAACUUUGUAAAAGGAGAAACUUUGUGAAAGAAGAAUCCAAGAGAAGUUUGUGAGGAUCCUACAAACCCAGGCCCACUCACUUUGCUCCAAUUCUUUCUAGUAUCUUGUAGAUCUAAUGGGUCUGGGAUAAAAACUUUGAAAAGUGUCAGUAUUCCAUGUAUGCUGCUGAAAUGAAGUUAAGUUUGGAAAGAAGUGAUACCUCUAGACUGGGUUUAUAUUAAUCUGGGAUAUAAAUGAAGAAGACAUACUAAUAGAACUCCCUGCUUUUAAUUGGGGAAAUAGGGCUUUAAUAAUUUUGACCUCAACUAAAAAUGAUAUGCAAUAGUCUAUGUUUGUGUGUGUUUGAAAUAUAUUCUGUUCUCAGAGAUUUCUACAUUCUCACGUUCUAGUGAUUUGGGGCAUGGGCUUAAUAGCAGAUGUACAGUGUAUUCCUGCAUUAUUCUGAUUCACCCUUAAAGCCCAGUUCUUGCUGUCUUCUACCAGGGGCUGCUGACUCCAAUUACCCAUGGAAUGCAGGACCUGGGAGGGGUAGCAAUUAGGGUCUUUCAAAACUCUUUGGAUCUAAGCAUUUGUCUCUCCUUAAGUGCCAGUCACAAUUGGAUAUGGAAGGACUGUGAUUUCUGCAAUGAACCCAAACUUUUAGAGUAAAAAGCCAAAUUUAAAUUAUAAGAAAGAAGGGAAAAAAGAGAAAAACUCAAGUCUAUUACUUGUAGAGUCCAAUUCUUAGCAAUGGAAUCCCUCUAGGAUUCUAGUUUGGGCUUUGUCUGGAUUUGCUUUUCUCAAUUGUGCUUUGAAGUGAAUAAGCUUUGUUACAAAUUAAUUUUUUAUUAGUUCCAAUAUUAGUUGGAGUUAACUUGAAUUGAUUGUAUGUAGCACAGCACUUUUGCAGUAAGAUUGGUGUGAAAUACUAAACACUAUGGAUUUUGUAGGUGUUAGGUUAAAUGGUCAAGGGAUACCUACAUUAAGUAAUAUAUUAGAUAUUGAUGAUCUUACUUCUUUUCUGUUCCCCUCUACAAAACACUUACCUAACCCAGCUUGUGGUUUUAGGACAGCCAAAGCUCACUGUUGUUGGUUACUCCUAAUCACUACAUGGGUCUCAUAUAUGAGACUUGUUUGAAUUUUGGUAAAUUGGAGCAUGUUGGUUGGUAUUACACGGCAGCAUUUCGAAUGAGUGCAGCUCUGUGUCUGUCAGAAAGGAGAGAUAAGACUACUUUGAAGGGAAUUAAAUAUGUGAGUCCUCUUUUUAAUGGUGCUUUUUGUAACCUUUAAUGCUGAGGUACAGAGCUGCUUUUCAGUAUUUCAUAAAGGAGUGGCAGACAAGAGUGGAUUUUAAAGCUGUUCUUCAAACGUAAUUUGUCACUGGACUCUGACACACCUGGAAAUUAUAUGAUGUGAUACAUACAGAAAUGUGGGUUUUUUCCAUAAAACUGUUUAAUAAAAGUAUUAUACAGCAAUAA